CACCGCUCCAGUGACAGCUCCAGAUCAAGAAAAAGCGAAAGUGCAAGAGCAAGAGUACAAGUGUUGGCCGAGAGAGAGAGAAAGUCCGCGUCGAUCCUCCAUCCAUUCCAUUCCACUGCCAUGUCACUGCCCAGACACUCGAAGGACACCUGGCUGCGGCUCCUCGUGGUCGGCGUGGUCUGCGCGGGCUGUGCCCUGGCCGGGGUCUCCGGCCUCGGCUAUCCGAGUGCCCAGCAGGAGCACGACAUGCUCAUCCUGGACGCCCUCUCCCGCCGCAGCGGCACCGGAUACUAUGGCGAGAACAGCGUAAUGGAGAUGCUAUCCCGAAUGAUACCGCAAUCGUGCCGCUUUCGUGGCCACAAGUUCGAGUGCGGCCUGUCCAUCUCAUGUGUCUUGGGCGGCGGCAAGCCCCUGGAUCUGUGCUCUGGCGGCAUGAUCUGGUCAUGUUGCGUCGACAAAGAUCUCGAUGCCGAGGAGAGUCCGCAUGCCGCUCCAGUAAACAAUACGAGUGACAUAAUACACUUGCAUGACAUUUACCCCGAUCUGUCGCCGAACGCGAACAAGCCACAGCACCAGCAGCAGCAGCAGCACCACCAACAUCACCAGCACCACCACAGCAGCAGUGGCAACGGCCUGUCGGCGGCCUCAUCCACAUCAUCCACCUCAUCCUCAUCCGCCUCCGCAUCAGCGGGCCGGCCAUCCUACACCAGCAGCAGCAGCAACAACAACAACAAUUACUACAGCACCAAGCGUCCCACGCUGUACAGCGGCUCCAAUCCGUACAAGCCGGGACGUCCCUCGUCCACUCUGAAUAACUGGGAGCACGAGACGGGGUCCGUCAGUGGCAUCACCAAUCACCUGGACAGCUUCUUCGAUGCCGAUGGCCCAGCGCCCUUGGAUCCAGCGGGAGGACCGCAGCAGCCGCCGCCACCCCACGAGCUGCUGCCCAACGCCCAGGCCUUUGCGGUGGGCAAUGUCCUCGACCUGAAUGCGGGCGAGGCGGCCGACGAGUAUCAGAGUGGUGGAGGAUAUCACGAGUCCAGUUAUCGACCAGUGCCGGGCUGUGGAGAGGUGUACACCCGCUCCAAUCGCAUUGUGGGCGGCCACUCCACAGGAUUCGGCUCGCAUCCCUGGCAGGUGGCCUUGAUCAAGAGCGGUUUCCUCACCCGAAAGCUGAGCUGCGGCGGUGCCCUGAUCUCAAACCGUUGGGUGGUCACGGCCGCCCACUGUGUGGCUACCACCACCAACUCGAACAUGAAGAUACGCCUGGGCGAGUGGGAUGUGCGGGCGCAGGAGGAGCGCCUGAACCACGAGGAGUAUGGCAUUGAGCGUAAGGAGGUGCAUCCGCACUACAAUCCGGCGGACUUUAAGAACGACGUGGCUCUGAUACGCCUGGACCACAACGUGGUCUACAAGCAGCACAUCAUACCCGUCUGCCUGCCGCCGGCGUCGACCAAGCUGACGGGCAAAAUGGCCACCGUGGCGGGGUGGGGGCGGACGCGGCACGGCCAGAGUACGGUGCCGUCGGUGCUGCAGGAGGUGGAUGUGGAGGUCAUCUCCAACGAUCGCUGCCAGCGAUGGUUCCGCGCUGCGGGACGACGGGAGGCCAUCCACGAUGUGUUUCUCUGCGCCGGCUACAAGGAGGGUGGCCGGGACUCCUGCCAGGGCGACUCCGGUGGUCCUCUCACCCUCACAAUGGACGGCCGCAAGACGCUGAUCGGCCUGGUCUCCUGGGGAAUCGGCUGCGGCCGGGAGCACCUGCCGGGCGUCUACACGAACAUCCAGCGCUUCGUGCCCUGGAUCAACAAGGUGAUGGCCAACGACAAUGCGUAGUGCGGGA